ACUACCUUCUCUUCCCUUCCACCAUCUUUUCCUCUCAGCUGCUCAUUCUUUGCUGCAACUUCAGUUUUCUUUGGAAAUAAUACUUUGGGCAUAAAUCAGCCCCCACAUUUUGACGUUUCCCCUUCCUGUCUUUCACAUCUGUCUGGACUAAAGACGUCAACCUCUUCUGUGAGAGGUGGACGGCAGCAGAGGUCUCUUCACAGCGCUCCACGUGUUCAGCGUUUCCUCUUCAUUUCAAGUUUCAAAGACUCAUUCAACCAGAACCAGCCCAACCACAGCAAGUAAAAUAAAAAUGGAGCUUCAAAAGAUGAAUGGACACAGCAGAGAUGACGGGUUUGAUUCAGUUGAAGCCAUGGAAGAAAACUCUGAGUUUCUCCCACAUAAAACCAGCAUAAAGAAAGAAGUUCACUUCACAGAUUUUGAGGGAAAGACGUCAUUCGGCAUGUCCAUCUUUAACCUUAGUAACGCCAUCAUGGGCAGUGGAAUCCUGGGACUCGCAUAUGCAAUGUCCAACACAGGAAUCAUUCUGUUUAUAAUCCUGUUGUUGUUCAUCGCUCUUCUGUCUGCAUAUUCAAUUCACCUCCUGCUAAAAUGUGCCGGAGUUGUAGGUAUCCGUGCGUAUGAGCAGCUAGGAAAUCGAGCUUUUGGACCCCCGGGGAAAAUGCUAGCUGCCAUCGUCAUCACUGUGCACAAUAUUGGAGCCAUGUCCAGUUAUCUUUACAUUGUAAAGUCCGAGCUCCCUCUGGUUAUUCAAGCUUUUCUUGGUAAACAACACGUAAACACAGGAGAAUGGUUCCUGGAUGGAAGGUAUUUGAUCAUCAUUGUCAGUGCCAUCAUCAUUCUUCCCCUUGCACUCAUGAAGCAGCUCGGGUACCUUGGCUAUACAAGUGGCUUCUCUCUCUCCUGCAUGGUGUUUUUCCUUAUUUCAGUCAUCUACAAGAAAUUCAGCCUCCCCUGCUUCUUUGAUUCCAGUAAUACUACAAGCCUUCAUGAUGAUGACUUCUCAAAGCUUAAUUCAACAUGUGAUGCCAAACUAUUUACCAUCAACUCCGAGGCAGCGUACACCAUCCCGAUCAUAGCUUUCGCUUUUGUCUGCCACCCAGAGGUGUUGCCCAUCUACACAGAGCUACGGAAUGCCAACAAGAAGCGCAUGCAGAAAGUUGCCAACAUCUCCAUCCUGGCGAUGUUUGUCAUGUAUCUGCUGACCGCUAUUUUCGGUUACCUCACCUUUUACGCUGGAGUCGAGGCAGAGCUGCUUCACACCUACAGUAAAGUGGAUCCUCUGGACGUCCUGAUUCUCUGCGUGCGUCUGGCUGUACUGGUGGCCGUCACUCUCACUGUCCCCGUGGUUCUGUUCCCGAUUCGCAGAGCGGUGCUCCAGAUCUUCUUCCCUGAUAAGCCUUUCCACUGGGCCAGACAUAUCCUCAUUGCAUUCAGUCUCAUCUUUGUGGUCAAUUUGCUCGUUAUAUUUGUCCCUUCAAUCAAGGACAUCUUUGGCGUCAUCGGAGCCACAUCGGCCCCCAGUCUCAUUUUCAUCCUACCCGCUAUUUUCUACAUUCGGAUUGUUCCUGAAGACCAGGAGCCUUUCAAGUCAAAACCAAAGAUUCAGGCCGCAUGCUUUGCAGCAUUAGGUUUCAUCUUUAUGAUCAUGAGCCUGUCAUUUAUAUUCAUCGACUGGAGUACCGGAAAGUCCCGAAGCGGAGGCGCCCACUAGCUUCGCGCUAGAUAUGCUGUGACUGAACAAAGGUACUACAAACAGAAUGUCAACCUAAACACUCCCAAAAAAUAACCCCGUUCAGCUGAGACCCAGUCCAGAGUCUGGAGAUUUUCAACGAAGGAAAAACAAAUGAAGAACCUUCGCCAGCGUCGAUAUCAGGAAAAUGUUUUGAUGUGUGAUGGCGCAGAAAAAUGUCCUGUUGAGGAGGAGGGAGCACAGGAUGGCACGACGUUUAUUCCGAGUCCGCCGCCCUGCUGCAGCUCAAAGUCAGGCUGAAGAUGGCAGCAAGAGGAUGAAUGAGAACAGCAUGACUAAGUUGGAAAUCCCACUUCAGUGUUCCAUGGAAUAGUUCAGUCACUGCCAACAUCCCUCCAGUAUACUUCCCUAAUAUUUCAAAUUACAUUUAUUUACCGUUUCACCAAACAAAACAGAAUAGUUUUCCCCUACAUGUGUCUUGAAAAAUGUAAAGAACAAUGACUGCAUUUUCACAGAGAUUGUUUUAUUUAGUAAAGAAACAACUAUCUAUGAAGUGAAGUUCAUCUAAUGUGAUAUUUUUUAUGUCUCUUGUUGUGAAUGAUGUAAAGAAUUACUAUCUUUCAGGCAGAGUCUGAGGUGACCAAAUAAUCCGGUGCAAUGUGCAGGAUUUUGCUGCUGUUCAGACAAUUUCCUGACAAUCAUGUGAGCCAAAAUGCAGAAAAAGGUUUUUGCACAAGGAACGCAAUGUUUUUUUUAAAUAUUAGUUUAGCUGCAGACCAAAGAGUGUGUUUAUGCAGUUAUAUUGACGGAAAAGUUACCUCUUUUUAAUUUAUCAGGUGUAAAAGUAGAGCCUCAAAGCAUCCAGUGUUACCAAGCUUCAUCACGUUCAGAAAUGUUUCAGUAUGUUACCCAUUGAUAAGGUUAAAAUAAAGGGUUUUCUGUGAAAUUGGUCCAAAACACUUGUUACCUUUGUGAAGCAACCUGUUCAUUUUCUGACUGGAUUUACUAACAUAUUGCAAUAAAAAUCUUUUGUUUCUA